GUGCAGUCUGUAACACUUUCUCAUCGUCGUCUCGUGGCCACAACGACGAGCAGAGAACGCCGCGCAGCAUCGGGCACGACGGCGAAAUCGAGUGCGAACAUCCCGGUGGUGUACGCGUUCCGUCCGACCUGGGUGCUGUUUCCGCUGUCGUUUUCUCCCACGAGGCCGCCGCUUUUCUCCACAUCUUGGUUUAGACGGUCAUGUCGCUGAGCCGCAUCCUCAACGACGACCCGGCGCCCGGUGGAGGUCCCUCGACACCCUACGGGCAACCGCCGAGUUACCCCAGAGAGGACCCUCAGCCAGAGCGCCAACAAAGAGCGCCUCCUCCGCAACCGAAUACAUAUCGCGUUGAGCCAGAGAGGGCGAAUUAUUCAUACGCAGCGCACCCAUAUCCGCCGCCACCGCCUCCUCCGGCCGACCAGCGCGACCCUUAUGCUCCGUACACCCAGCCCUAUGUUCCACCAGAUCAGCAGCCAGCUCAGCCCCCGCCACCUCAGCAGCGUUCCUACUAUCGAACCCACGUCGAGUACCAGGCGCCUGGGCCCUCUGCCAACAAUUCAGCGUCGCGCGCCGGUUCCCCUCCGCGCAAGCGGCACAAGCCUGGCGAGGAUGAGGCCCGCCAUCUCAUAAUUCGCAGGCACCGCGUUCAAGCUCGCGAUCGCUGCGCCUGCCGCCCGACGCGGACGAGGCCGUACGCGCCCCAUCGCCUGAUCUGGCGGAAACAGAGGAGGUUUGGCUCGGUGAACAGGCGAACAUCUCGGUGCGUGGUGCUCUCUAAGUGUAGCUGGCUGUGCUGACUCGCGCUCAAGGUCGCCAAGGUCCCUCAACCAUCCUCCCCUCCUCAUAUGCCCUACGGACACUCGACAACGCGGCUAGAGGAAGAAUGGGAGCGACGUCAG